GAAAUUAGCAAUUGCGCGUGCAAAAAAAAUCCGAUCACACUAGGGUUAAAGAUUAUGAAUCAUUUACCGAGAAAGUUAAAUUUGGAUAUACCCCUUAAAAGCGUACAUUUCCCAACCGAGUCAGCAGUUUUAGUUAGACGACGAGUUGUUAAACAUCUGGGAGAACUUAUUUAAAGGCUGCUAAGAGUGCUACUCAUUAAGAAAAGCCAAAGUUGAAUCCAGUGAAAAUGUACGGCAUUGAUAAUUACCCCAAGAAUUAUCAUGCCAGCGGCAUUGGCCUUGUCAAUUUGGCGGCCUUGGGCUACAGCAAAAAUGAAGUCAGCGGAGGAGGCGCGGAUACAACAAAGAAGGCAGGGCUCUACCCUUCGCUGCCAUACCCAUCAUCGGAGAGCGUGGGUGGCAUGCCAUAUGUGGUAAAGCAGCAGGCAAUUCACUCACAGAAUGCCUCCUACCCGGGCAUGGGCGUGGCAACGAGCAUGCCGAUGCCUGGAUACCCAAGUGCCGCCCCAUACUCAGGUGGCGGCGGUUUGUAUCCCAGUUUGCCGUCUGCCUCGUCAUCGUUGCCGUAUCCAUCUGCACCAAUGGCACCCAUGACACCAUCAUUUUACCCAAGCAUGCCACAGCCUGGACUUCCGUAUCCAUCCGCUCCACUGGCCCCGAUGCCUGCUGCAUUUCCCAGUAUGCCAAUGCCGUACGCUCCCUUGCCAAUGAGCCCAGCUCCUCAGCAGGCAAUGGGUUUCCCGUCUUUGCCCUAUCCGACGGCGCCGCCACCAGCCAGUGCGCCCACACAAGAGGAGGAGCCGUCUGUGGGAAUUGCAGAGCUGAGCUUCACCAGCGUCAAGGUGCCUGAGAAUCAGAACAUGUUCUGGAUGGGCCGCAAGGCCACCAGCACCCGCCAGACGAGCAUACGAGGCGAUGACUUUGCCUCGCUCCGCGACUCAUGUGUUGGCAGUGGUACGCUGUUUGAGGAUCCCGACUUUCCGGCCAACAAUGCCUCCUUGAUGUUCUCCAAGCGUCCAGAUCGAUACAUUGAAUGGCGUCGCCCUGCCGAGAUUGUCGACGAUCCCCAGUUCUUUGUGGAGGGCUACUCACGCUUCGAUGUGCAGCAGGGCGAGCUUGGGGACUGCUGGCUCUUGGCCGCUGCUGCGAAUCUCACGCAGGACUCCACGUUGUUCUUCCGCGUCAUCCCACCGGACCAGGACUUCCAGGAGAACUAUGCCGGCAUAUUCCACUUCAAGUUCUGGCAGUACGGCAAAUGGGUGGAGGUGGUCAUCGAUGAUCGCUUGCCCACCUACAACGGCGAGCUGAUUUACAUGCACUCCACGGAGAGGAACGAGUUCUGGAGUGCCCUGCUGGAGAAGGCCUACGCCAAGCUGCAUGGCUCCUACGAGGCCCUCAAGGGCGGCACCACUUGCGAGGCAAUGGAGGACUUCACUGGCGGUGUAACUGAGUGGUAUGACAUCAAGGAGGCUCCACCAAAUCUAUUCAGCAUCAUGAUGAAGGCUGCCGAACGCGGAUCAAUGAUGGGCUGCUCCCUGGAACCGGAUCCGCAUGUCCUGGAGGCCGAGACACGCGAGGGUCUGAUUCGUGGACACGCUUACUCCAUCACCAAGGUGUGCCUCAUGGAUAUAUCGACGCCGAAUCGCCAGGGCAAGCUUCCAAUGAUCCGCAUGAGAAAUCCCUGGGGCAACGACGCCGAGUGGAGCGGCCCGUGGAGUGACAGUUCGCCCGAGUGGCGUUUCAUACCCGAGCACACAAAGGAUGAGAUUGGCUUGAACUUCGAUCGCGAUGGAGAGUUCUGGAUGUCCUUCCAGGACUUCCUGAAUCAUUUCGAUCGUGUGGAGAUUUGCAACUUAAACCCGGAUUCGCUGACCGAGGAUCAGCAGAACAGCUCGCGCCGCAAGUGGGAGAUGUCAAUGUUUGAGGGUGAAUGGACCUCGGGCGUCACGGCCGGCGGCUGCCGCAACUUCUUGGAGACCUUCUGGCACAAUCCACAGUAUGUCAUCUCUCUGGAGGAUCCCGACGAUGAGGAUGACGACGGCAAGUGCACAGUCAUUGUGGCUCUGAUGCAGAAAAAUCGUCGCAGCAAGCGCAACGUGGGCAUCGAUUGCCUCACAAUUGGCUUUGCCAUCUACCAUCUGACGGACCGUGACCUACAGGUGAAGCCGCAGAGCCUCAACUUCUUCAAGUAUCGCGCCUCCGUGGCACGUUCGCCACAUUUCAUCAACACGCGAGAGGUGUGCGCACGUUUCAAGCUGCCGCCUGGACACUAUCUGAUCGUGCCCUCCACCUUUGACCCCAACGAGGAGGGAGAGUUUAUCAUUCGAGUCUUCUCCGAGACAAUGAACAACAUGGAGGAGAACGACGAUGAGGUCGGCUUUGGCGAGACAGACUAUCGUAUUGCUCCCGCCUUGCCGCCGCCCACGCCCAAGGAAGAGGAUGAUCCGCAGCGCAUUGCCCUGCGACGACUCUUCGACAGCGUGGCCGGCAGCGACGAGGAGGUGGACUGGCAGGAGCUAAAGCGCAUUCUGGACCACUCGAUGCGAGAUGUUAUGGUUGGCACUGAUGGCUUCUCCAAGGAUGCCGUGCGUUCAAUGGUAGCCAUGCUGGACAAGGAUCGCUCCGGCCGUCUGGGCUUCGAUGAGUUCGAGGCUCUGCUGACGGACAUUGCCAAGUGGCGUGCCGUCUUCAAGCUGUACGACACUCGCCGCACCGGCAGCAUCGAUGGCUUCCAUUUGCGCGGAGCUCUCAAUUCGGCUGGCUAUCAUCUGAACAAUCGGCUACUCAAUGCCUUGGCGCAUCGCUACGGCUCGCGGGAGGGACAGAUACCGUUCGAUGACUUCCUGAUGUGUGCCAUCAAAGUGAGAACCUUUAUCGAGAUGUUCCGCGAACGGGACACUGACAAUUCGGACACCGCCUUCUUCAACCUGGACGAUUGGCUCGAGCGCACCAUAUACUCAUAGACGAAAGGUGGGGCAGGGCCACAAUCGUUGCAAUUACAAUCGCUUUCAAUUGAUACUAAUCUAAUCCUAAGUGCCACAUUUACUUAAUACACAUUCUAAACAUGAUGCAAAUCUGGAGAACAUAGAAAACCAUGACGCCACUUGUACAGCCUGCAGAUUGAGAUACAGUCACCCGCUAUGCCAACAAAUGUAUCUUAUCAAAACGGCAAAAACCGGAAAUAAUGUGCGGUAAUUGAAGUGACCUUGGAACAGCUCGAUACACACGAUAAACGCCACAAAACCGAAACCGCCAAAUGGUGCUUUGUAUACACCACAUGCAGUCGUUUAUAUACUCAAAAGCUAUAUACAUUAGAUGCGCCAUAGAGUGAUUUUAUGGCGGCUGCUGGAGGUAUGACUAAGAGUGCAAAUAUCAAAAGUUCUUCUACGCAUUUUAUGCACCUCGUUAAGAGCCGGAAAUUACCCAGUACAAACUGAAACUGAAAUGUGCAUUACUAAUAUACCAUUACGAGAUGCUCGUACAGCCAUCAUAUAUCAACUAUAAUUAAGUCAAUAUUUACUGCAUAUAUGUACAAUAGUAUCCAUAUGCAUAUACAUAUAUUUUUUGAAUAUCAUUGUAAUCUCCGAACCGACAAGCGCCGUGUUUGUUCAGGUGAUAAACUGAAACCGAACAGAGCUCCCUUGCUGUUACUACUUGUACUGGAAGUUAUUACUCAUCGAAUCAUGGUUAUCUUUAAGAGAAUCAGCAGACCUGGGGACCCCAGUAUCGUUCAAUUUAUUCAAUUAAAUAAUUCACCAGACCAGUUUUAUUAAUGAUCCCGAUUAGAAAUCUCGCAAUGUCAAAACUAUUUGUAAUUAUUUUUUAUUUGUUUAAUAUUUCUAAAAAAACUUGAAAAGAGGCUUACUAUGCACUUUGCGAACAAACUAACGAAAAUAUUUCCCAUAAAUAUUGUUUAUAAUCUUAUUGUUACUGUCUGUAAAUGAUAUUGUUGUAUGCUGAUGUUUUUUAUAUAAAAUAAACUGCUGAUUUGCUAGUAC